AUGGCGUCCAAAGUGACCGAGAGGGCAUUGAAUUUGGUAAAGUCGAUGCCAAGGGUUGGUUUGGGUAACAUUAAGGAUCUCCCAACAGCUACAUAUAAAAAGCAAGUUAACAGGGGACGUCGCCAAAAGAAGAAGGGCAGAGGUGAUAAAGGGCAGGGAUCACGCAACACCUGGGAUCCACUGGGCUAUGAAGGGGGUCAGAGACCAUUAAUUGAUUCUGUACCAAGUGAGAAAUAUUAUGGACAGUAUGCAAUCCGUCGACAGUAUCCACCUAUAAGUCUUCUUGAGUUGCAAAGGAUGAUAGAUUUAGACAGAGUAGAUGUGACCAAACCAGUGGAUAUUGUAUCCAUCUGCAACACUGGACUGUUCAAGUUUGAAGUUGCCAAAAACCACUUUGGUGUAAACAUCACAGAAGAGGGGUGUGACGUCUUUGCAGCGAAAAUCAACCUUGAGAUUCAGUGGACAAGCGAGCUGGUGAUUGCAGCUGUGGAGAAAAGUGGAGGGACAAUAACUACUAGAUACUACGACCCACAAUGCCUGGCAGCCUUGUUUAACCCUCUGGCUCACUUUAAGAAGGGACUGCCCAUACCCAAGUGCAAAUUACCGCCACAGGAUGCACUGGCCUAUUAUUCUGAUCCAGAAUUUCGAGGAUACCUAGCAGAUCCUGAGAAGAUUCUGUUGGCACGUGAAAAGUUGGCUCAGAAAUACGGUUACAAACUGCCAGACUUGGGUGCAGAUCCUGUCAAGGACUUACUGUUGAUGAGGAAAGAUCCUUUACAAAUAUUUUAUGGAUUAGAGCCUGGUUGGAUUGUAAACUUAAAGGACAGAUGCAUUUUGAAACCGAAGGAUGAAGACUAUUUGAGAUAUUACUAUAAUGUUCAUUAG